ACCGGGCCGAACAUGUAAAUAAUGAUGGAAGCUGCUGGCUGUCUGCGUGAUGCGACUGCGGCCGUUUGCAAUCGGACGUAUGUUUCCUCUCGGUAAAAACCUCGGGGGAGGAGAUGCGAUGCAGAAGUACACCUCGUGCCAGAAGGGUAUGGAUGCAGGAAGGAUGGGCGACCUGUAGUUCCUUUCCUCUCUCUGUCCUCCUUUGAAGACUUCCAGGCGGUCCCAGUGGUUUGCUGAGCUCCGAGUCUUAGCGGCCCACCGUUGCCAUGGAACCCAAGGGCAAUGAUAGUGCCUUCCCCAGUUUCGGGGACUUAGACAAAUACUUAGUGAAGCGAAACUCCAACUUUGUUUGGCUUCUUGUGGCUACCAUUCUGUCCUGUGGAUGGAUAAUAUACUUGACAUAUUACAACUCCCGGAAUAUAGGGCUCAUACUGACCCUGAUUAUCAACAGACUCUACAAACGUGGAUAUAUUCACAUAGGCUCCUUCUCCUUCUCCGUGCUGUCAGGGAAGGUCAUGUUCCGGGACGUGUACUACAUCAAUGAAGACAUGUCCAUCAGGAUCCAGGAUGGCCUGCUGAUAUUUCGCUGGUGGAAAAUGUAUAACCCCAAUCAGAAAUUACAUGACCCAAAGGCUGAGACCAGACUGUACACGACUGUGAAUGGGUUCGAGUUCCACGUCUACAACCGUUCGGGCCUGUAUGCCCGGCUUCAGGAGAUCUUUGGCCUGGAGCCAACGCUCGCACAGCCUAAGAAGGACGAGGAGAAGGGGAGAGAUGGUCGAGGAAGGACCCUCGAGAGCGUAACGAUCCAGACGGAGUCCCAAGACCCUUCAUCCUCCUGGAGGUCACUCAUCCCAGUCAUCAAGGUCAACAUCAGCACUGGCCGCCUGGCCUUUGGGAACCACUACCUGCCGCAGACGAUGUGCGUCCACUUCGACGACGCCUUCCUGACCUAUGCCACCAAGCCGCCCUCCAGUCGGCUGGACCAGUUCAUGCACAUCGUGAAGGGCACGCUGGAGAACGUCCGCGUCAUGCUCAUGCCCAGCCCCCGCUACCUGGGCCUGCAGAAUGACGAGCCCCCAAGGCUCAUGGGUGAGGGAUUUGUGGUCAUGCAGUCCAACGACGUGGACAUCUACUACUACAUGGACGAGCCUGGCCUGGUCCCAGAGGAGCUGGAGAACGGUGAGGCUGAGGCCUGCGGUGAGGGCACCAAGCUGCAGGACCUGCCACCCUGCUGGGGCCUGGACAUCGUCUGCGGCAAGGGGACGGACUUCAACUACGGGCCAUGGGCCGACCGGCAAAGGGACUGCCUGUGGAAGUUCUUCCUGCCUGCAGACUACCAGCCCAUGAAGGUGACGGAGAUGGCCACCCCCGGGGAGCGGCGGCAGAUCUUGGCCUUCGAGCUGCGCAUGAACAUCAUCGCUGACGCCACCAUCGACCUCCUGUUCACCAAAAACAGGGAAACCAACGCCAUCCACGUUAACGUGGGUGCAGGCUCCUACCUGGAGGUGAACAUCCCCAUGACGGUCGGAGAGGAUGGCUACUCCCCCACCAUCAAGGGCCAGCUGCUGCAUGUGGACACGACCAGUAGCAUGCAGUAUCGCACCCUGUUGGAGGCCGAGAUGCUCGCAUUCCAUGUCAACGCCAGUUACCCCCGUGUGUGGAACAUGCCCCAGUUCUGGCAGUGCGAAAUCGAGGUUUAUAAAGCCACCUACCACUUCAUCUACGCCCAGAAGAACUUCUUCACAGACCUGAUCCAAGACUGGGCCAGUGACAGCACCCCGGACAUAUACUCCUUCGUCCCCUACUCCUGGAAGUUUAAGAUCCUCUUCCACCAGUUUGAGAUGAUUUGGGCAGCAAAUCAGCAUAACUGGGUGGACUGCUCAACAAAGCACCAGGAAAAUGUGUACCUGGCCGCCUGCGGGGAGACGCUGAACAUCGACUUCACGCUGCCCUUCACCGAGUUCGUGCCCAAUACAUGCAACACACGCUUCUCCCUGAGGGCCGAGGACACAGACUUGCACCUCGCUCUCCCUGAGUGCCACCCCAGCCGGUACCCACUCCUUACGCUGGCCAAGGGCUAUCAGGCUGGUAAGCCUGCCCCGGCAACAUGUGCAGCUGGUGAGGCCCAGCAGGGGGCGCCGAAGGCAGAGAAGCCGCGCUGGAGGAAUCUCACCCAGGCUGAGGCUGGCUGGGUGGACUGCUGGUCCGUGCCCAAUUUCCUGCUGAUCAUCGACUACACCUGGCACCCCAUCUACCCACAGAAGGCCGACGAGCAGCUCAAGCAGUCGUUGUCGGAAAUGGAGGAGUCCAUGCUGUCCGUGUUACGGCCCUCUCAGAAGCCAGAGCCAGUGGCCCCGCCCCCUCUCAGCAGGAUGCCCGCCGACCCCUCCGAGCUGCCCCCCGACCGGCUGCACGUGGAGAUGGAGCUGUCCCCGGAUUCGCAGAUCACCCUGUACGGGCCCCUGCUCAAGGCCCUCGUCUCCGUCAAGGAGAACUACUUCGGCGAGGAUGACAUGUACACGGACUUCGAGGAGGCCGCUUCCAGCCCCGUACUGUCCCACUCGCCCUCCUCCAGCUCGGGCUGGACGGCACUGGGCAUGGACGAGGGCGGCCAGCGGGACGCAGACAGCCGGGCGGCACACCCCCUGGCCCUGCGGCCCUGGGACAUCACCGUGCUCAUCAACCUGUACAAAGUGCACGCUCGGCUGCCCGUGCACUGCAGCACUGACGGACCUGACGGCCCCUCCGGCUUCCUCGAGAGGCUCUGCUUCGAGAUGAAGAAGACCUACAAGGAGACCAUGCUCCAGUUGCUGCUCUCUCCCAUACACGUAUUUGUCAGCGAUACCUACCAGCGCCCGGUGGUUGACGGACUGCUCCGCGAGGGCCACUUGCGCCUGGCAGGACUGCAGAUGCGAGCCCAUGCCAUGUUCUCAGCGGAGGGGCUCCCCAUGGACAGCGACACACUGGAGUACGCCUGGCUCAUCGACCUGCAGGCUGGAGCUCUCACCGGCAAGGUCACCGUGCCUCAGUUGGCCAACUUGGCAGAGUGGGCGGGGCCCUUUCUGUUCCACGUGGUGUCCCGUGAGUUCCAGCUGGAGAGGCCCAAACCCUCGCUGAUGUGCCAGCACGGCGUGGAUCAGCGCUCCUGCGAUGCCAAGCUGGCCUCGCUGCCUGGACCCUGCCGCACCUCGGAGGAGCUGAAGUACACCAUGACCCGGUUGGCGGUGGACAGCACUGACCUGUUCAUUGUGGAGCACGGCUGCGCAGCCAGUAUAAAGACAAACGGCAUCCGUCUGGCCAACUGCAACCUGCACAACCAGGCGGUGGGCGAGGGUGUGAGUGCUGUGGUGCAGGAUGUGCAGCUGCGGCAGUACAUCGAGCAGCAGGACGGCGCCAGGCUCUGCCUGCAGCCUCCCCAGCUGCGGCGCCCCCUCUGGCUGGAGGCCGGCUCUGUGACCUUCGCUCUCCUGACAGCCGACAUUGCCCUGGCCGCCGACCACCCGGCCAAACACGAGGCACAGAGGCAGUUCCUGGAGCUGCAUGACGGCCGCACCAAGAGGCUGUGGUUCCUGUGGCCCGAGGACGUCCUGAGAAACAAGCGCAGUCGUAACCGCUGCGGCUGCCUGGGGGGGUGUCGCUUCUUCGGGGGCACUGCCGUGGGCCUGGACUUCUUCCGCUUGGAGGAGAUGACGCCUUCCAGCAGCUCGGCCUUCUCCAGCUCCAGUGCCGAGUCGGACAUGUGCUACGGGCAGUCGCUGCUGCAGCCCGGCGAGUGGAUCGUCACCAAGGAGACGCCCAAGCCCGUCGACGCUUCGGGAAGGUGCAGCGGGGCGAGGAGGGAGGGCCCCUCACCCGCCUUGGAGCCCGAACAUAAGAUCCAGCACCUCAGCCUCCAGGUCCCUCGGAAUUCCCACAGCUCUGCCUCAUCCUCCGAGGACAAUAGCUCCUCCAGUGCUGCGCUGCCCCUGCUGGCCGCUGAGAGGGAUAGCCCCUCCCCGGGCCCUGAGGACCGGCCCCCACCACCGUACCCUCCCCCGGUCAGGCCCAACAGUGAGGCUGGUGUCGUCAAUGGGGAAGUUGCUGGAGAUCCUUCUGAGAGUACACCGGUCUCUCCCAACGGUGGCCAGGAGUGGGCGCCGCUGCGCUCACCCCUACGCUCACCACUGAAGCGGCAGUCCUCCGUUCACUCGGCCCGCCUGGGCAGCACGAAGAGUCUGUCGGCGGCGGUGUUCACGGACCGGCUGCCGCCACCCACAGGCGUGCAAUUCAGCGGCGACGUCUCCCGCAGUGACGAGAACGUCUUGGACUCGCCACGGCAACGUCGCAGCUAUGGCUCCUUCCCAUUCACGCCGUCGGCCGACUCCAGCACCUUCCACCAGUAUCGCUCCAUGGACUCCAGCAUGUCCGUGGCCGACAGCGAGGCUUACUUCUCUGCCGCUGAGGAGUUCGAGCCCAUCAGCAGCGACGAGGGCCCCGGCACCUACCCGGGGAGGAAGAAGAAGAGGAGGCAGCAGAUCGGCUACAGUCGCAGCUCUAUCUACCACAGCGUGGAAGGACCCCUCGCCUACAUGCUUAAUGGCGAAAUGAUCAUGGAACCCCGCCCCCUGCCCAUCCCCAGCCUCGCCUCUCAAGCGUCUUUCGUCUCCGCCUUGGGUAUCGAGGAAGAGGGUUCCGUAGAAGCGGAGAAGACCUCUGAGCCAGGCCUGGUCACGUCCAAGCCUCACAUCAUGGCUUGCUACCAGAGCUACCUGGCCCACUAUCAGGUUUCCAACUGGUCGGUCAAGCAGCCCACCAAUAAGAGGACGUCAAAGUCAUCUCUGCACCGCCCACUCGACUUGGACACGCCCACCAGCGAGGAGAACUCUGCUGCUUUUGACCAGCUCUCCAUUCCAGUGUUUAAGGUUCUCAGACCUGGCCUCUCUGCCAGUUCCCUGCUGGACAGAGGUGUCCAGCUAAUGGGAAGCUCAAAUAGCACACCGUACACACCCCUGGAGAAAAAGCGUACGGAGACCACAGAUGAGGACACCACCACGGACGACUGGAGCCUGGACCAGCCGCUGGCCCAGACCCGGACCACUGCCAUCGUGGAGGUGAAGGGAACCGUCGACGUGGUGCUCACCCCAUUAGUGGCUGAAGCUCUGGACCGCUACAUCGAGGCGAUGGUCCACUCCGUGAGCAUCCGUCACCCAGCCGCAAUCCUGGAUGACCUUCACGGCCGGGUGCUGAGCGAGGCCUAUCAAAUCAGCAAGUCCACAGUGUUAGACUCUAGUUCUGGGAAGCAUGAACAUAAGUCAGCCAAGACAGAGGGCACCACCCUGGGCUCUUUGACAUCUCCUCACGGCCAGACAGACCUGUCAGCUAAGCAAGACAAUGUGAAGAUCAAGGGUCUGCAGGCCAAUGUGUCCGUCCCCAAGGUGAACCUGUGUCUGCUCCAGGCCUCUGUGGAGGAGGCCACACUAUCCAGCUGCACCAAGAGCCUGACACAUGUGUCCCUGGUGGCCCUGUGCUUUGAUCGUGUGGCCAUGCAGCUGCGCAUGAACAGGGGCAUCGUGGAGGAGACGCCGAACGGCACGGAGCACGGACGACCCACGGUGACGUUCGAGAAGUAUGCCUCGGCCUCCAAGAUGCAGCCACAGUCCUCUGGGUCACUGCGCUCCAACGCCGGUGUGGAGAAGGGCAAGGAGAUCGCCGCCAAGCUCAACGUGCACCGGAUCCACGGGCAGCUGCGAGGCCUCGACGCCCCAGACAUCGGCACCUGCACCAUCACGGCCAUCCCCUUCGAGAAAUCCAAGGUGCUCUUCAGCCUGGAGGAGCUGGACGAACUCACCUUCGUGGACGAGACGGACCCACAGGGCAGCGCCGACCUGACCCGCUCCAGUACCACCCUGGAGAAGUGGGGCUGGAUCAUGUUUGAGUGCGGCAUCGAGAACCUCACCAUCAAGGGGGGGCGCCAGUCUGGGGCCGUGCUGUACAGCGCCUUCAGCGUGAUGGGCAAGGCGGACGGCAACGGGAAGACGGGCUCCUCCAAGCCCAACGGUUCCGCCGGCUCCCAGCCGGGCAGCGGAUACAGCACCGACGUGUCCGAGGACGACUUCCCACGCGACGCGACCAGCCCGUCGGACGACGUCAACGGCAACUCCGACUCGGAUGAGCAGGAUGAAGGGGUGGAGUCAGAUGAGCUGAAGAAGGACCUCCCCCUCAUGCCGCCCCCCCCUGACUCCAGCAGCAUGAAGCUGACCAUCAGGGAGAUCUGGUUCAGCUUCGCUGCACCCACCAACGUCCGCUCCCCCGCUCAGGCCUUUUCCAGGCAGCUGAACCUCCUCAGCACGGCCACACCCGCCAUCGGCGCCUGGCUGGUGCCCGUGGACCAGCUGAAGUCGUCCCUCUGCAAGCUGGACACCGAAGCCACGCUGCGCAUCUGUGCCGUAAUGGGCUGCAUCAUGACAGAGGCCCUGGAGAAGAAGAGCAUCCAUAUUCCCAUCCGCAGCAAGUACAACCGGGUGACCAAGCAGGCGCGCUACCUGCACGAGAGCCCCUCCUGCCUGCUCUGCAACAUCCUGCACCGCUAUCUGCAGCCGGCCGACUACGGCGUCAUCGAGGAGGCCACCAUGAAUGAUGGACUGCCCGCUCUGGUGACUCUCAAGAAGGGUUUGGUGGCGUUGGCUCGCCAGUGGAUGAAGUUCAUUGUGGUGACCCAGGGCUUUAAGGCAGUGGGACUGAUGCGACCCACCCAGCCGGCCAAACCCAGCGAGCCCUCACCCCAUCUUGACGGCGGACCGGGCCUGCAGAGCGACACCAGCGCUGAUGGCGCCGAGUUUGAGUUUGACGCGGCUGCAGUGAGUGAACACACCAUGCUACUGGAAGGGGCCUGUAGUCGCCCUCCCCAAAGUGGGGGCAACUCUGGGCCUGUCAGUGGGGUGGAAAUUAUGAGAAAGCUCUCCAAGUCGCACACGCACAGCGAAUCUGCCCUCAGGAUCAAGGGCUCGCACCCGUACCAGUCCCUGAGCUACACCAGUGGCGACACCGCGGCCGACUCCCCAGCCCACGUGGGUCGGCCUCCGCCCCUAGCACAGCCGAAGGAUAGCCCCCGCAAAGAGAGUCUGCUCAGCUACCUGACGGGCAGCUUCCCCAGCCUGCACAAUCUGCUGGAGGGCACGCCACAGAGGAGCAGCUCUCUGACACGUGGGGGUAAUGCAGUGGGCUCAGACAUGCUCACAGAGCACCCCCUGCUGUCCGAGCCCUCCUCCGUCAGCUUCUACAACUGGAUGUCUCAUGCCGUGGGCAGCAGAGCAGGGCCCGCACAGGACUCGCCUGCCAGCAGGUGGCAGCAGAGCACCACGCACACCGGUGUCACAUGCAAUCUACCCACCAUCCCGUCCGCGUCGGACUUCAACACGGUGCUCUCCAGCGAGCAGAACACGCUGGACGGCACGCCUUCACAGCACAGCAGCAGCCAGGAUGAGGUCGUCGACGCUGAGGAAGGCAACCAGUGCCCUGCCGCUGUGCAGCUGGCUGACGCGCAGGUGGUCUUCAAGCCCCUGCUUAGCCACACUGGCAUCCAGUCCCAGGACGCCACGCCGCUGAGUUACAAGAUGUACUUUGGCGAGCAUCUCUCCUUCUCCGGGACCCUGGAGUGCUUGCGGGCGGACAUUGUGGACUCGGACACGUCUAAAGAGAGGAAGCAGAAACGCUCCAGAAGGCCAGGUGCAGUGAACCUCCCUCCCCUGGAGUUCAAACCGGCUCUCAUGAUCGAGACGUUCAGCCUGAACACGGUGGCCAUGGAGAAGUCAAUGAGCACGCCGCAGAACUCCACCAGCGCCCUUUCGUUUCACGACCUCAAUCGGCGCCACUACAACACCUUCCACUGUAAUUUCACCAUCUCCUGCCAGUCCAUCAGCCAGCACGUGGACAUGGCACUGGUGCGCCUAGUGCACCAGUUCAGCACCAUGGUCGACGACAUCAAGGCCACGCAGACUGACAUCAAGCUGAGCCGCUACACAGCCGGCUCGGCCUCCCCCACGCCAACCUUCAAAGCUCGCGCUCCACAUGACUUCCGUUCCUCCGACUUUAGCCGGAGCUCUCGCGGUAGCCUCAAUGGCACCAUCCGGGUUGGCAACCUCAAGAGCAAGCGCGGUGUUGCCGGGAUCACUGGGCCUGGCCUGGACAUGCUGGGCCGGAGGGAAGCCCGUGCCAGGGGCACCCUGGGUCGCCCCGAGCGCCGAACCUCCAGGGUGUCGCGCAAGGGCUCCCGCGAUGCUGCUGACCACACUGCGGUGCAGAUGGACGACUCCGACUCCAUCACCGUGUCCGAGCAGAGCGAGCCCUCAGCCGAGUGCUGGCAGAACAUGUACAAGCUACUCAACUUCUAUUCUCUUAUCUCGGACCCAACGGGCAUCCUGGAGACUACGUCCCCUGAGAACUGCCUUGCAGAUGUUGGCCGUAGUCCAUCAGACGGCAACUGCCGUGUGGUCUUCGAGAACGAGCAGGAGCCUUCCAGCCCGGGCAAGCCAGGCCGGCGGCGCAGUGUGGGCACCACAGAGCCACAGCACGUGACACUCAUCGUGUUCGGUGUGGGCAUGGUCAACCGCACCCACCUGGAGGCUGAUAUUGGCGGCCUGACCAUGGAGGCUGAGCUGAAGAAGAUCCAUGGCAGCUUCACACUGAAGGAGAAAAUGAAAGAUAUCCUGCAUCAGAAGAUGACGGAGACAUGCGCCUCUGCCCACAUCGGCGGGGUGAACAUCGUGCUGCUGGAGGGCAUUACUCCCAACAUACAACUGGAGGAUUUCCCUACAUCUCCUACCAGCACAGAAAAACAAGAAUUUCUGACGGUGGUGAAGUGCAACAUCGCCAAGUCGCAGGCGCUGUACAGCGCGCAGCGUGGCAUCAAGACCAACAACGCAGCGGUGUGCAAGGUGGGCGCCAUCAUCAUCAACAUCCCGCAGCACCCGGCCACUCUGCACAGCAUGAUGGUCCGCAGUUCCCAUCAGCUCUCCAAGCAGAUCUCGGACCUGAUCCGCCAGCCCGCUGCCGCGCCGCCGCCCAACCGGGAGGACACGUCCACCCCCCAGCAGUCAGACCGGACGUCGUCCAGCAUAAACCAGACGCCGGUGGAGGCCAACGAGUUCCCCCAACUGCCCGAGGGGCUGGAGAAGAAGCCCAUAGUUCUGAAGUUCAGCGCCUUGCUGGACGGCAUCAGCAUCGGGGCGGCACUGCUGCCCUCGCUCAAGGCCGAGUACAAGAUGGGGCGUAUGAAGAGCCAUGGCAUGACCGGCGCCCAGACGCGGUUCACAUUCGAGCUGCCAAUCCACAAGCUGCGGUUUGUCUCCAAGGUGUCCCCAGUGGACAUGUCCACCAUCCCUUCCUCAGCCACUCUCACCCUGCCACCGGUCACUAUGUCUGGGGAGUACAUCAUGGAGGAGCGGGAAAGCCAUCUGGACCAGUCCUGGGCUGCUGAUGAUUGCCCUGCCAAGCAGGGCAAUUAUCUCCAGGGCAACUAUCUCCGCUGUGAGGCAGAGAUCGGCUCAUUUGAGCACAACCUGACUACCGAUCUCCUCAACCACUUGGUAUUCUUGCAGAAGGUCUUCAUGAAGGAAGUGAAUGAAGUCAUUCAGAAAGUCUCAGGUGGAGAGCAGCCCAUUCCCCUGUGGAACGAGCAUGACAUCUCAACAGAGGGCGACAAACCCAAGAUCCUCCUGUACUCACUCAACCUGAUGUUUAAAGGGAUCCAAAUGACAGCCACCACCCCUUCUAUGCGGGCAGUCCGCUUCGAGACGGGCCUGAUCGAAUUGGAACUCUCCAACCGGAUUCAGAGCAAGGCCCAACCUGGCAGUAGCAGCUACCUCAAGCUCUUUGGGAAGUGCCAGGUGGACCUCAACCUCGCGCUGGGCCAGAUCGUCAAGCACCAGGUGUACGAGGAAGCCGGCUCGGACUUCCACCAGGUGGCGUACUUCCGGACGCGGAUCGGCCUGCGAAAUGCCCUUCAGGAGGAGAUCAGUGGUUCCUCGGACAAGGAGGCUGUGCUCAUCACCUUAAAUCGACCGAUUGUGUUUGCCCAGCCUGUGGCAUUUGACCGAGCCGUGCUCUUCUGGCUAAACUAUAAAGCUGCAUACGACAACUGGAACGAGCAGCGACUGGCGCUGAACAAGGACAUCCACGUGGCCACCAGGGAGGUGGUGGACAAGCUGCCUGGCAUACAGCAGACCUCCGCCCAGGCCUUCAGCACCCUCUUCCUGCAGCUCACCGUCAACGACCUGGGAAUAUGCCUGCCCAUCACGGGCGCCUCUCAGGCCAAUCACAGCGUGGACUUCGACACUGGUUCAGCCUUGGUGCUGACCAUCGAGAGCACACUCAUCACCGCUUGCUCCUCGGAAUCACUGGUCAGCAAGGGUCACUUCAAGAACUUCUGCAUCCGCUUCGCAGAGGGCUUUGAGACGUCCUGGGACGACUGGAAACCCGAGCUGAGGGGAGACCUUGUCAUGAAUGCGUGUGUGGUUCCAGAUGGCACAUAUGAAGUGUGCUCCAGAACUACAGGCCAGGCAUCAGCAGAGAGCAGCAGCGCGGGCACCUGGACACUGAACGUCCUGUGGAAGAUGUGCGGCAUUGACGUCCACAUGGACCCCAACAUCGGCAAACGCCUGAACGCCCUGGGGAACACACUCACCUCACUGACCGGCGAGGAGGAAGUGGACGAUAUUGCCGAUCUCAGCUCCGUCAACAUAGCCGACCUGUCGGAUGAGGACGAGGCGGACGGCAUGUUCCCCCCUGUUCACACAGAACCCGUCGAUUACAGGCGACAGGCCGCUCUGGGGAACCAGAUGGGUGAUGGACGAGGACGCAAAAUGACCAAGAGGCUCGUGGACAUCAGGGAGCUCAAUGAGCAGGCCAAGGUCAUCGACGACCUCAAGAAGCUGGGGGCAAGCGAGGGGACCAUUAACCAGGAGAUCCAGCGCUACCAGCAGCUGGAGUCGGUGGCGGUGAACGACAUCAGGAGGGACGUGAGGAAGAAGCUGAGAAGAUCCAGCAUGAGGGCUGCAUCUCUGAAGGACAAAUGGGGUCUGGGGUACAAGCCAAGUAACCGAUCAAAGAGCAUUUCCACCACUGGGAGGCCCCCUUUGAAGAAGAUGGAAAGGGCAAGCUCUAGAAUAGGAGAUGUGGAUGACCUGCCAGACAUCCGGGUGGAUGCCUCGUCCCCAGGUCCAAGAGUCACUUUCAACAUCCAGGACACGUUUCCAGAGGAGUCCGAGAUGGACCUGUUGUCAGUCGCCAUCGACGAGCACUCCCAUCCUCAUUUUUCGCCCAUUAGCGACGGCACGCAUUCCGUGUUCAGCGCCGCCAGCACCCCCGCUGUCUUCUCACCCAGCCUUCCAUUCCAGCCCGAGGAUAACAGGCACGACGACAGCCCAUCUUCCUCCUCCACCGACUCCGACAAGGACGAGGAGUUCGACAGAGAGAAACAGCCCUGCUUCUACAGGAGGCCCUUACAGCCGUCCCGUAAAAAGUCGUCCGGCUUCGCGGCGGUGAGCCAGCUGUUCAGUGAGCGCUGGCCAGGAACGCCCACCAACCGGAGCGUGAUGAGCUCUGCCACGGAACGGAACAUUGACUUUGAGCUGGACAUCCGUGUGGAGAUCGACAGCGGGAAGUGUGUGCUGCACCCUACCACGCCCCAGCCCGAGCACGAUGAGGUCUCCUUCCGGAGAAGCUGUGACCGAAACCUCAGGAGUCUGGAUCACGAGUCUCCACCGAAGAAGAAGAAGCUUCAGCCAGCUUGCACCUCCUCAGUCCACCUGCUAGCUGGCAAGAAAGCACCUUCUUCUCUGCAGACUAAAUCCACGGAUACUGAGAACACCGUCUUCUACAUCCCUGGAGUGGAUGUAAAGCUGCACUACAACUCAAAGACGCUGAAGACCGAGUCACCAAACGCCUCCCGUGGAUCCUCUCUGCCAAGGACUCUGUCGAAAGAGUCCAAGCUGUAUGGUAUGAAAGAUAGCAGCGCUCCCAGUCCUCCCAGUCCUCCCAGUCCAGCCCAAAGCAAGACUAAUACACUCCUUCCUCCCCCCGCCCCAGCAAUUCCAUCAGCCAAAGGUAAAGGCAGCGGAGGUAUGAAGACGGCCAAGCUGUACGCAUGGGUGGCCCUGCAGACGCUGCCUGAGGAGAUGGUGAUCAGCCCCUGCCUGCUGGACUUCCUGGAGAAGGCCUUGGAAACCAUUCCCAUCACACCAGUGGAGAGGAACUAUACCGCCAUGAACUCACAGGAUGAGGAUGUGGGGUCUUUUGAGCCAGUGGACGCCCUGGAGGAAUCGACCACUUCCCUGGUGUCCUCCUCAGCAUCAGCCUACUCCUCUUUCCCGGUCGACGUUGUAGUUUACGUCCGAGUGCAGCCUUCUCAGAUCCGCUUCAGCUGCCUGCCUAUGUCCAGGGUGGAAUGCAUGCUGAAGCUGCCAUCCCUGGACUUGGUCUUCUCGUCCAAUCGCGGCGAGCUGGAGCUGCCUGGCUCUGUACACCAGACCGAGGGACCCCACCCAACCCUGUCGGGCUCCCCGCUCACCCACAGUGUCCUCAAAGUCUCCGCGACCAAGGCUUCCUCUCCGGGGCUGGGCAGCCCCCUGGGCAGAAGCAGGCACAGCAGUAGCCAGUCAGACCUGACGGGGCCCCCCAGCAAUUCCUCUGGUCUCAGCUUCACAGCCUGCAUGUCCGACUUCUCGCUCUUCGUGUUCCAUCCGUAUGGGGCUGGCAAGCAGAAAUCGACAGUCACCGGCCGGCCACCCGGACCCUUGGGCUCAGUGGAUGAGGAACCCUCCUCAGUGACUGGCAGGAAAGAUUCCCUCAGCAUCAACCUGGAGUUUGUGAAGGUCAGUCUGUCCAGGAUGCGCCGCACUGGAGGGCCCACUUUCAUCGAGAGCUUUGUCCCCUGCAAGGGGGGGAAAAUGGACGCCACCCUCAUUAACAUCUCAGCUGUGUGCGAUAUUGGCUCCGCCUCCUUCAAAUAUGACAUGAGGAGGCUGAGCGAGAUACUGGCCUUUCCCCGGGCUUGGUAUCGGCGGAGCAUUGCACGCCGCCUCUUCCUGGGAGACCAGACCAUCAACCUGCCAGCAUCAGGUCCAGCCACGCCUGACUCUGUAGAGAACGUGGGCCAGCACCUGUCUCCAGAGUCCAUACGGAAGGCCUACUGGCGGACGUGGGACCAAGCCAACCAGUCGUGCUCCUUCCAGCACAUGCCUCAGUCGCCGAGCGUGUUCGGGGAACAUUCCAGCAACAUGUCUCCCGGGCCGCUGGCCCACCUCAAAUCCCCCGCCGCCGCCCGCUCCCGCAGCGUCUCCGACUCUUCUGUGCCUAGAAGAGAUUCCGUCUCCAAGGUUGCCGCACCUUCCUUCAAUAGGAACAACAAGGUGGGCGCCCAGCAGGGGGCGCCGUGGGAGACGCUGGUGGUGUUCGCCAUCAACCUCAAGCAGCUCAAUGUGCAGAUGAACAUGAGCAACGUCAUGGGGAAUAACACGUGGACCACCAGCGGGCUGAAGAGCCAGGGCCGGCUGUCCGUGGGCAGCAACAGGGACCGGGAGAUUAGCAUGUCUGUGGGCCUGGGAAGGUCCCGGCUGGACUCCAAGGGAGGCGUGGUGGGGGGAAACAUCGACGUGAACACCCUUGAGAUGGUCUCUCAUAUCUCGGAGCAUCCCAACCAGCAGCCCAGCCACAAGAUCCAGGUGACAAUGGGCUCCACCGAAGCUCGAGUCGACUACAUGGGCUCCAGCAUCCUUAUGGGCGUCUUCAGCAACGCUGACCUUCAGCUUCAGGAUGAGUGGAAAGUCAACCUCUGUAACACCAUGGACACCAGCCUCUCAGAGAAAAGCGAGAUCUUUGUCCAUGGCGAUCUUCAGUGGGACAUUUUUCAAGUGAUCAUCUCCCGCUCCACCACCCCCGACCUCAUCAAGAUUGGUGUGAAGCUACAAGAGUUCUUCACGCAGCAGUUUGACACCAGCAAGCGAGCUUUGUCCACAUGGAGUCCAGUCCCCUACAUGCCCCCCAAAGCCCCGACUGCCAAUGCUGAUAAGGGAAACACUGAAAUGUACAUGGACGCAGCUCACCAUCGGCACUGGCCCAACGUGUUGAAGGUCAUUGCCGGCUGCCACAUCUCACUCUUCCAGAUGCCCCUACCGGAGGAUGCCGUGCAACUGGGGGGCUCCAUGAGUCUCCAUGGCAACCACAUGACGCUGGCCUGCUUUCACGGUCCCAAUUUCCGUGCUAAAUCCUGGGCAUUAUUUCAUCUAGAGGAGCCCAAUAUCGCCUUCUGGACUGAGGCUCAAAAGAUAUGGGAAGAUGGAUCCAGCGACAACUCUACCUACAUUGUGCAGACCCUGGAUUUCCACCUUGGCCACAACACCAUGGUGACCAAGCCUUGUGGAGCGUUGGAGAGCCCUAUGGCCACUAUCACCAAGAUCACCCGGCGGCGACAUGAAAACCCCCCCCACGGGGUCUCCAGCAUCAAGGAAUGGUUCAGCUAUGUCACUGCCAUGAGAAAUGAAGAGCUGAACCUCCUGCGAAACGUGGAUGGCAGCGCCCCCGAGAGUAGCACAGCGGCAAAGACCUCCAGCCUGCUAAGCGGCUUCCGAGGCUCGUCCAGCUACAACCACGAGACAGAAACCAUCUUUGCCCUGCCACGGAUGCAGCUUGAUUUCAAGUCCAUCCACGUGCAGGACCCCGUUGAGCCCUUGCUCACAGAUACCAACAGCAGACCCAAGGUUGAGUGCAGUGUGGUGACGGAGUUCACGGACCACAUAUGUGUCACAAUGGAUGCUGAGCUCAUCAUGUUCCUGCAUGACCUGGUGUCUGCCUACCUGAAGGAGAAGGAGAAAGCACUUUUUGCACCACGGACUUUUACCAUCCGUCCUGGUCAGAAGAGCCCCACCGCCCUCCAAGAUGAAUCCUCCACUUCCACCUCUGACAGGGAGAGAGAGGAUGCCGUGAACUAUACCACUGUUGACUGGAGAGAGUUCAUGUGCAACACCUGGCAUCUGGAGCCCACCCUCAGGUUGAUAUCCUGGACUGGACGAAAAAUCGACCCUGUUGGCGUGGACUACAUCCUGCAGAAGCUGGGCUUCCAUCACGCAAGGACAACCAUUCCCAAGUGGCUUCAGAGGGGGGUGAUGGACCCCCUGGACAAAGUCCUCUCUGUUCUGAUCAAGAAGCUCGGCACAGCUCUGCAGGAUGAGAAGGAAAGGAAAGGAAGAGACAAGGAAGAACACUAACACGACGACCUCAACAUUCCUACACCUUAACACACAGCUUAAGCCUGAAUGUCAACUGUGAAAUCACUACUAUAUAAAUCCAAGUUUACAUUGACCUCUGAAUAUAUUUUUCAUUACUCUACUGUAUGUUUUUCCACUAAGCACUGGAUCAUGUGACUUUGACCAUCUGUAGAUGUUUGUUAUAGUGCAUGCUGCCAUUACGACAGUGUUAUGUAUAUUUUGAACAAAAAAAGGUUGAAAUGAUCUGUUACUGCUUAAAGUUCAUUUCUAAAUGAUGUUCAACAGACUAAUGUACAUAAAAUGUGUAUUGACUAAUGUGAAUUUAAAUGGCUCUGAUUUCUAACGUGCAUAAUAUAUGCCCUGCCAUUA